AUGGUUCGCCCCAUUCCAAUACAUGCUGGUGAAAACUUCUGCACCAUACCACUAGCAAUAGGGUUAUUUGUAUCAGCAACACUUCUUGUAGCCCUAUGUGCAAAACAUGCAAAGCAAGUAUCAAGAAAAUACCGAGCAGAUGAUCCCAAAAUGGCACCCAAAUCGCCAUUACCAUUGCCGAAGCAGCUCAUCACAGCCAAAAGUAACAAGGCACCGGCCACUCCGAGAAAAUCCGCCGGGGACGAAUUCGACACCAAAGCCAAGGAAGGAUUUGGAGAAGGUGGGCUGUGGCAGAAGGCCAUUUUAAUGGGAGAGAAGUGCCAACCGCCGGAAUUUUCUGGUGUAAUUUAUUAUGACUACUCCGGGAAUAGGAUUUCUGAGCUUCCUAGGUCACCGAGAACCACCCCAAUGAGUCCCUUGAGAAAUUUUUCUUUCCCUGUGGAGAAUAAUGUAUAA